UGUUUGCUCGAUGUGCGCUGUUUAGUGUCCCCGUGUAUUCGGCCAGCUGAAAGGUUCCCGGGGUGAGCGCCUGCUUCAUCCUGGAUUAGGAAACAUUGCCGCUUUAUCAACGGCCGAAGCUGGAAAGGAAACCCUCAAAACUGCGAGCAAACACUUUCUAUCGGAUUGAUUGUGGAAACAUGUAUCGGUCAAGGAGUUUGCCUGGAAAGACUACCCGUCGAAAAUAUGUAUGUGAUGAUUGUAAUGUUAUGUGUACUUCUGCAGCCCAACUACAUAGCCACCGUCAAGGAUAUAAACAUAAGAAGGUACAAGAAGAGCUAGAGGAAUUUGAAGAUCGAUAUUCACGCAAAAGAAGCCAUUCACCAAAUUAUGACGAUCUUGAUUAUGAUGACUGCCAUGCAGAGCUUCCUUCAUCUUUUUAUUCUCAUUAUCCCUCCACAUCCCUGUCAGGUCGGCCUUAUUACCCAGGACAAAAAAUAUCAAAAUACAGAAAUAUACAUCAUAAGGAUCGACAUUCGCGUAAAAGAAGCCAUUCACCAAAUGAUGACGAUCUUGAUUAUGAUGACUGCCAUGCAGAGCUUCCUUCAUCUUUUUAUAAUCAUUAUCCCUCUACAUCCCAUUCAGGUCGGCCUUAUUACAAAAGACGUAAAAUAUCGAAAUACAGAAAUAUCCAUCAUGAAGUUUCAAGUGACCACGAAAGAAGCCACUCACCCAGUACUAAAUUUGACUCUGAAGAUGAAUCUGUUCUUGCUGCUUCUUGUGAUUCCUCAGACGAUAAUGCUUCAUGUAGUUCAGGAAAAGAAUCCAAAGAGAAACCAAAUGAUGACCAGACUGAGCCAUGUCCAUCGGAAAGAAGUCUUGGGGAGGGUAAUAAACACUCAGCCGUCACAUACAGCAAAGCAGAAGUGUUUGCUUUCUUGCGUAACUUUGAAGUGGCAGAUAAAUCUGAUGUGACUUUUAUCAAAACAGUCACACUGUUGUUUUCAAAGGCUUUGAGGAAGUUUCAGGGAAAGGACCUUGAAGAUAAGGAGUGCUUUGGAGCUGAGCCAGAGUCUAGUGUUGAUGAGGAAGAUCUCAAGAGUCCCAGAACAUAUUCAGGCUCCAGGUCUGUCUCCAUUUCAAUACAGCCACUUCAUACCUCAUCACACAAACAUAAGGAUAAACAUAGGAGGAGAAAGACUUAUUCUCACUCUUCAUCAAGAUUACCUUCAUCAGAGCAUGUUCGGUCAACCAGUCGUUCUUCACUACAGAUAACUAUAAAAUCAGCCAAUGUAGGAGAAAAUCGUAACAUCAAAGAAGAGCUAAGCGAGAUUGUCCUCAGUGAAAAUGAUAAUACAGAAACCUUGGAAGUGAUUGAUACACUUGAGGAAAAUUGUACUUCCAAUCCUGAUCUUGAAGAUAAGGAUGAUCAUUUUGAAAUGGAUCAGUCAGUAGAAAAUGGAAACCCAGAAUGUCUGACAGCAGAGGCUGCUAGCAGUGACGAUGAAGACGUAUAAUUUAGCAAUGCAUAUGUAAAUGGUUUGGAAUUGGAAAAACACAUGAAAAUUUCUUCGUCUUAUCUAGGUUUGAGCAAUGCCUGUAUUUUGCAGGUUCACAAAAAGAUUUAGGCGCUGACAGUAAAUAUAUUGACUUAUCUGAAUCAUAGGAUACACCCAGCCUUCCAAAUAACUAUUGCAUCGAAUUUUUAAUAUUCCGUUUAUUUCAUGAGUAUGUUUUGUCAUUUUGACUGUGAAAAAUCAUAAUUAUUCCUAUCUGUUCAUAUUUUUUUCAAAUAUUACUUGUAAAUAAUUCACCUUAUUACUUUGAAUAAUUAAAAUCCCAAGUAAAUAAAGGUGGACUUUUGAAUUUAAACAAAAAUAAAUCUUUAUUAAAACA